AUGUACUCUCUGCCUGUGCUGACUGUUCUCAAUUACAAUGUUCUCACCUAUCUGGGGACUACAGAACCCUACCCUUCUAUGUUCAAGGGGACAGGAAGUGGGGGUUUCUUUAGUGGUGGACAACACAACGGGGAUAAUACAGACAAACAGCCCGCCAUCUAUCCAGAUGCUGAAGAGGAAAACAUCAAAUGGGAAUUUUCAGAAGAAAACCCGAUUACCCCAGAAGCACACGGCGCAGAUUCACCAUCUGAUCCCACGACACGUGGCAUGAGCUUUGCUGAUCCAUCAUCUCCCAUCACUCACCACACAGUGGGUGAAGCCUUCCCCUGCCCUGAUUGUGGGGAAUGUUUCAACAGCAGGGGAGAGCUCAUCGUACAUCGUAAAAGUCACACUGGAACAAAGCAAUUUUCGUGUCCCCAGUGUGGGAAAUGUUUUAUAUACAAAUCCUCCCUCGGCAGACACGAGCGCGUCCACAGCGGGGAGAAACCAUAUACGUGCUCGGAGUGCGGCAAAUCCUUUUCUCAGAGAAACAGCCUUUUCACUCACGAACGGACGCACACGGGCGCAAAGCCCUACACGUGUCCAGUGUGCGGGAAGUGCUUCAGGCAGAGUUCGGCUCUUUCCACCCACGAAAGGACACACACGGGCGAGAAGCCUUACUCGUGCUCGAUAUGUGGGAAAUGCUUCCGGCAAAGUUCGGCUCUUUACACCCAUGAAAAGACUCACACCUCUGAUAAGCCUUUCGCCUGCUCUGAAUGCAAUAAAUGCUUCACCGAGAAGGGGAAUCUGAUCACCCAUAUGAGAUCGCACACGGGGGAGAAGCCCUUUUCAUGUCCUGAAUGCGGGAAAAGUUUUUCCAGGAGUUCAGGGCUCAUUAAGCACCAAAGGUGCCACACAGGGGAGAAGCCAUAUUCAUGUUUCGAUUGUGGCAGAUGUUUUAACGACCGUUCGGACCUUGCUAAACACAGGAGAAUCCACACCGGGGAACGGCCCUACAUGUGUACAGAGUGCGGGAAAGGUUUUUCUCUUAAGUCCCAUCUGCUCAGACAUCAGGCAGUCCACACUAGUGACCAGCCCUACUCCUGCGCCGAGUGUGGUAAACGUUUUACCGAUAAAUCAAAUCUGGUUCGGCAUCAGAGAGUCCACACCGGUAAUCGCCCCUAUUCGUGUUCUGAAUGUGGGAAAGAGUACUCGCACAAAGCCUCUCUUCUCAGACACGAGCGGGUCCACACCGGGGAGAAACCAUAUACGUGUUCCAAGUGCGGCAAAUCCUUUUCUCAGAGGAACAGCCUUUUCACCCACGAAAGGACGCACACGGGUGCAAAGCCGUACACGUGUUCAGUAUGUGGGAAACGUUUCACCGAUAGAUCCAAUUUGCUUAGACACGAGAAACUCCACAUCGGUGAUCGCCCGUAUUCGACUUCUGGUGGGGAUGGGACCUUCCCAUGUACAGAGUGUGAGAAGAACUUUAGCGUGAGAGCCAAGCUUAUCAAACAUCAGAGGACCCACUCGUCAGAAAAGCCGUUCUCUUGUUCCCAAUGUGGGAAGAGCUUCAGGCAACAAUGCCUUCUCCGGAGACAUGAAACGAGGCACAACAGCGACAAACCGUUCUCGUGCUCGGAAUGUGGCAAGAGCUUUGUCCAAAAAUCAGAUAUUGUUCGACAUCAAAGGACUCACACGGGCGAGAAGCCGUUUUCUUGCUCUGAAUGCGGCAAGAGCUUCGCCCGGAAACAUUACCUCAACACGCACGAAAAAGUUCACUCGGGGGAGAAGCCGUUUUCGUGUUCGGAAUGCGGCAAAUGCUUCUCCCGGAAAUCCUAUCUGAACACGCACGAGAAGGUUCACACGGGCGAGAAGCCAUUUUCCUGUUCCGAAUGCGGGAAAUGUUUUGCUGACAGGUACCGCCUGGUCACGCACCAUAGAGUUCACACCGGAGAUCGGCCAUAUUCGUGCACCGAGUGCGGGAGAAGCUUCGCCCAGAGUUCUGAUCUGAUUAGACACAAGAAGGUUCACACCGGUGAACGGCCAUAUUCGUGUUCUGAGUGCGGGAGGGGGUUCAUCAAUAAAUCAGAUCUGAUCAUCCAUGAGAGGAUCCACACAGGCGAUCAACCGUAUUCGUGUUCGGAAUGUGGGAAAAGGUUUUCGCACAAAUCCACCCUGAAGUCACACCUGAGGACUCACACCGGGGAGAAGCCCUACUCCUGUUCUGAGUGCGGGAGAUGUUUUGCCCAGAGUCAAGAUCUCAUCGCACAUGGCAGGACCCACACCGGCGAGAAGCCGUAUUCGUGUUCAAAGUGUGGGCGACGUUUUGCAAUUAAAUCCACCCUGGCCCGCCAUAAGAAAGUCCACACAGGAGACAAACCGUAUUCCUGUUCGGAGUGCGGAAGACGCUUUCGUGAAAAAUGGAACCUUCUUAUCCACGAGAGGAUUCACUCACCUCGGAGUAUAUUUACCUGUUCGAAAUGCGGCGAAUGCUUCAACCGGAGAGCAAACUUGAUCGCGCACCGAAGAUCUCACACGGGAGCAGGAUCACAUUCCUGUCCUGAGUGCGGGAGAAGUUUUUAUUUUAAGUCACGACUUGCCGCACACCAGAGAACGCACAUGGGGGAGAAGCCGUAUACGUGUUCUGAGUGUGGGAAAGGUUUUAGAUGGAAAACAACUCUCCUCAAACACGCGAAAAGAACUCACACUGGAGAGAAGCCAUAUCCGUGUUCGGAGUGCGGGAAAUGUUUCUCUGCUAAGUCACGCCUUCUUAUACAUGAGAGAGCUCAUACAGGGGAGAAGCCGUAUGCAUGCCCAGAGUGUGGAAAGCGCUAUGUGGAUAAAUAUCUUCUUCAGCGGCACCAAAAAAGCCAUGCCAUUGUUAAGCCCUUUUCAUGUCCUCAGUGUGGGAAACGUUUUUUAGAGAAAUCCAGCCUUAUCAAUCACGAAAAAUUUCACGCAGGGGAGAAGCCAUACCCCUGUGUGGAAUGUGGAAAAUCUUUUCUCAUAAAAGAGAGACUUAUUAGACACCAGAUGAGUCACACUGGGGAAAGGCCCUUCCCAUGCCCCGAGUGCGGGAAGUGUUUCAUGCAGAAAUCCGAUUUUGUCAAACAUUUCAGAUCUCACACGGGGGAAAAGCCGUUCCCGUGCCCCGAAUGUGGAAAAUGUUUCGCCAGAAAAGAUAGACUCAGCAGACAUCAGAUGAUUCACUCCGGGGAAAGGCCGUACUCGUGUUCCGAAUGCGGGAAAAGCUUUAUCCAGAAAGCAGACUUUACCAAACAUCAGAGAUCCCACACGGGAGAGAAGCCGUUCUCCUGUUCGGAAUGUGGGAAAUGUUUUUCUUUGAAGCCAUCUCUGAUCAAACACGAAAGAGUUCACACGGGGGAGAAACCGUAUUCAUGUUCGGAAUGUGGAAAAGGAUUCGCCGACAAGAUUACUUUCAACAGACAUCAGAAAAGCCACGCCAGUGACAAGCCGUUUCCGUGUUCUGAGUGUGGGAAAAGUUUCCUGUGGAAAGCCUUCCUCAUUAGACAUCAGAGAACCCACACCGGGGAGAAGCCGUAUUCCUGUUCCGAGUGCGGUAAGUGCUUUGCGCAGAAGUCGGCGCUGGUUAGACACGAGAGGAUCCACACGGGGCAGAAGCCGUAUUCCUGUUCGGAAUGCGGAAAGCUUUUCAGCGAACGGUCAAAUCUGGUGAUCCACGAGAGGAUCCACGUGUCCCAGAAGCCUUUCUCCUGUCCCGAGUGCGGCGAAUGUUUCGACCAGAGGGGGCCAUUCAUCUCGCAUCGAAGGUCUCACGCGGGGGUGGGGCCGUAUUCCUGUUCUGUCUGCGGCAAGUAUUUUUCUUUUAAGUCGCUCCUCGUCAGGCACCAGAGGUCUCACACGGGAGAGAAGCCCUUUUCAUGUUCCGAAUGUGGAAGAUGCUUUGCUUGGAGGUCUGCUCUUAUUAGACACGAGAGGAUUCACACAGCCAAAAAGCCGUAUACAUGUUCACAAUGCGGGAAACGCUUUCCUCGAAAAUCGGCCCUUCUGAGACAUGAAAGAGUUCACACGGGGGAGAAGCCAUUUUCCUGCUCCGAAUGCGGGAAAUGUUUUUAUUGGAAACAUCUGCUUAUCAGGCACCAGAGGAGCCACACAGGGGAGAAGCCCUUUUCAUGUCCAGAAUGCGGGAAAUGUUUGGUCGAUGGUCCGGAUCUUGUCAAACAUCAGAAAAUUCACACUGACGACCGGCCGUAUUCAUGCCCCGAGUGCGGGAAAGGUUUUAAGCGAAAAUCACAUCUGGUCGAGCACCAGACGGUCCACACGGGCGAGUACCCGUAUUCAUGUUCUCAAUGUGGGAGGGGCUUCUCGUUUAGAUCUCAUUGACAUGAAAUGACUCACACUGGUGAAAAGCCAUAUACGUGUUCUGAAUGUGAAAGAGGCUUCAACUAUAAAUCGACUUUAUUCAAACAUGAGACUGCUCUUCUCUCCCAUGAAAGAAUUCACACGGGAGAGAAGCCAUUUUCUUGCUCUGAGUGUGGCAAACGUUUUACCCGGAAACUGAGUCUCAUCGGACACGAAAGACUUCACACGGGGGAAAAGCCGUAUUCCUGUUCAGAAUGUGGGAAAUGUUUUUCCCAUAGACAAGUUCUUAUUGUUCACGAAAGAACUCACACAGGAGAGAAGCCAUUUUCAUGUUCAGAGUGCGGAAAGUGUUUCUCUCGGAAAGAUGAUCGUAAUAAACACCAACGAAUCCACACCGGGAAGAAGCCUUUUUCCUGUUCCAAAUGUGAGAAAUCGUUUACCGCCCGAGCCAAUCUUAUAAACCACGAAAGGACUCACACGGGAGAGAAGCCAUUUUCAUGUGUGGAGUGUGGGAAACGUUUCACUUAUAAACAGCUUCUUGUUAAGCACCAGCGAGUUCACGCCGGGGAGAAGCCGUAUUCCUGCUCAGAAAGUGGGAAGGUUUGUUGGCAAAUAUCGCGUCUUGUCACACAUUUAAGACAUCACACAGGUGAGAACUUCCCUUGCUCCAUGUGUGGGAAGUGCUUUCCCAGGAGAGCAAAACUCAUUGCACACCAGAGGACUCACACAGGGGAGAAGCCAUAUUCCUGCUUGGAGUGUGGGAAAUGUUUCACUGAAAAAUCCAACCUUGCUACGCACCAGAGGACUCACACGGCCGAGAAGCCAUUUUCUUGUCCGGAAUGUGGAAAGUCCUUUAAUCAGAGAGUCCACCUUAUUUCACACCAGAGAACUCACUCGGGAGAGAAGCCAUUUUCUUGCUCUGAGUGCGGUGAAUGUUUUUCCCGGAAAUACACCCUUAUCAGACAUGAAAAAGUUCACACUGGAGAGAAGCCGUAUUCCUGUUCCGAAUGCGGGAAAUCUUUUUCCUUGAGAGCCACUCUGAUAGCUCAUGAAAGAACUCACACAGGAGAGAAGCCAUUUUCAUGUUUGGAGUGCGGAAAAUGUUACUCUUGGAAAGAACUUCUUAUUAAACACCAGCGAAGCCACACCGGGGAGAAGCCCUAUUCCUGUUCAGAGUGCGGGAAGCGUUUUUCAGAAAAAUCACUUCUUGCCAAACAUGAAAGACUUCAUACGGGGGAGAAGCCGUUUUCCUGCCCUGAAUGUGGUGAAAGUUUUACGCAGAGGGCCCAUCUUAUUCCACAUCAGCGAAAGCACACGGGUGAUCGACCAUAUUCGUGCUCAGAGUGCGGGAAACGGUUUUCCAAAAAAUCGUCCCUUAUCUCACAUGUAGGUUCCCACCGGGGACAAGAGCCAUAUUCAUGCGCCGAAUGCGGGAAGUGUUUCACUCAAAAAUCUUUUCUCCAGAGGCAUCAGAAGUGGCACAGCGGGGAUAAGCCCCAUUCGUGCCCCGUGUGUGGUAAAUGCUUUACACAAAAGUCUGAUGUCGUCAGACACCAGAGGACUCAUACGGGAGAGAAGCCGUACCCGUGUUUCAAGUGUGGGAAGUGUUUUUCUCAAAAGUCAUUUCUUAUCAGACACGAAAAAGUUCACACGGGGGAGAAGCCCUUUGCAUGUUCCGAAUGCGGGAAGUGUUUUACAGAGAAGUCCACCCUGGUCAUCCAUGAAAGAAGCCACACCUCCGAGAAGCCUUUUCCUUGCUCUGAGUGUGGCGAAUGCUUCCCUAGGAAAGACAGCUUGUUGACGCAUCAGAGAUCUCACACGGGUGAGAAGCCCUUCUCUUGCUCUGUGUGUGGGAAAUGCGUCUCUUCGAAAUCUCAGCUCAUUAGGCAUCACAGAAUUCACACAGGCGAGAAGCCUUUCUCAUGUCCAAUCUGCGGGAAAUGUUUCACCCACAAGUCGAACCUCGUUUAUCACGAGAGGACUCACACGGCUGAAAAGCCACACUCUUGUCCCCAAUGCGGGAAAUGUUUUACCCAGAUCGGGAACCUUAUUUCACACCAGAGGUCUCACUCGGGAGAGAAGCCAUUUUCCUGUGCCGAGUGCGGCGAAUGUUUUUCUAGGAAGUCGUCCCUGAGCAGACAUAGAAAAGUUCACACGGGGGAGAAGCCGUAUACGUGUCUGGAGUGCGGGAAAAGUUUUGCUGAAAGGUCACACCUGGUCACACAUGAAAGAAUUCACACCGGUGACCGACCGUAUACGUGUUCCCAUUGUGAGAAAUGCUUUACGGAUAAAUCUGAUCUGGUUAAACACAUUAAACGCGUUCAUACAGGAAGUGAGGCGUUCUCAUGCCUUGAGUGUAGCGAACACUUUUCACAGAAAGCAGACCUCCUCUCCCACCAGAGAGCUCACGAAGGAGAGAAGACCUAUUCAUGUUCAGAGUGCGGGAAAAGUUUUUCUCGGAAAUCCAGCUUUAUUCUACAUCGGAAAUCUCACAGCUUCGUGAAGCCGUCGUAUUCGUGUUCUGAGUGCGGGAGAUGUUUUGCGAGAAGGUCAACUCUUACCACCCAUCAGAGGACUCACACAGGGGAAAAGCCGUUUUCCUGUACCAAAUGCGAUAAAAGGUUUUCCACCAAGCUGUCUCUUGUCAUACACGAGGAAGCCCAUAUGAGAAAGAAGAUGUAUUCAUGUUCGAAGUGCGGGAAAUGUUUUUUGCAGAAGGAGCAACUUAUUAAGCACCAGAAAAGCCACCCAGCCGAGAGGCCUUAUUCAUGCUCGGAAUGCGGGAAAAGUUUUACUGAGAAGGGAUACUUGAUCUCGCAUCAGAUGAUCCACACCGGGGAGAAACCCUUUUCAUGUGCAGAGUGUGGGAAAUGUUUUACCUGGAGGACCAGUCUUAUUGAACAUAGGAAAGCUCACAUGGGGGUGAAGCCGCAUUCUUGUCCGGAGUGCAGUAAAAGUUUCACUCGGAGGUCGAGCCUCGUGGAGCAUCAGAGGACUCACGCAGAGGCGAAGCCUUUUUCAUGUUCGGAUUGCGGGAAGUAUUUUGCUCAGAAACAGCAGCUCCUUCGGCACCAGAAGACUCACAGUGCCGAUAAGCUGUUCUCGUGUAUCAAAUGUGGGAAGUCUUUUCCCGGGAGAGACCAUUUCCUUUCACAUCAGAUGGUCCAUCAAGGAGAGAAGGAGUUUGCGUGCUCGAAGUGCGGGAAGUGUUUUACUCGGAGGUCAAGCCUUAUUGCUCAUUUGAGGACUCACAGGGAUAAAUCCGGUAACAGAAGUACAUCAGAGAGCUAUUCCGGGCCUCCAUGUUCCUGGCCUCCCACACAGGAACAUCAGAAGAUCACUCAGGAUGACCCGGAAGAACACAUGAGUGACUAUAAAGCUGAAGAAGAGACGGAUGUGAGUGAUGAUGAGCCGUGUGAGGAGGAGGAGGAGAUCCCUCCAGGGAUCAGCACAGCGGAAGUACACACGUGCAUGGAGAGGUUAAAUUGUUUGCGGCGAAGUCCUUCAGGUUUACAAUUAAGCAAUGCGAAAAACGGACUUUUGGUCAGGGGUUCCGAGAACAGUGAUGACAGGAGGGCGAACACUUCAUCCCAGAAGGCCGAGGCAUGUGGACAGCUCCACCAGAUGUGGAAAAAGAGGAGGUUGGCCGCUGACGUGGGACGUACCAAUGCAGAUUCCAAAGUCACCCAGGCCGGAGUCUCGAAAUCCGAGUGUUUCAGCUAUGAGAGCUCAUCAGUAUCGUGCCCAUCUCUUACCACCGUGACCGUUAGCGACAGGUGGAGCACGAGUGUAUUUGACAGCACCAUGGGACAUUAUAACAACAGGUCUAGGCCGCGGUCUCCUCCCGACCCGACGUCCACGUCAUCGGGGGGCUCCCAGUCAUUAACCCUGGGCCAUAAACAAUGA